ACCAUAUAAAUCCUUCUCAUGUUCAUAUAUACGACUCAUUUCUUCUUUCCUGCUUGCAUUUACUCCAAAAUUCUCAAUCUUUAUUUUUUUGAGUGUUGUGAAUAUAUUUACCCUCACCAAAAGAAAGAAAUAAGGAAGACAAAUGACGAGGAUUUUUAGAUCCAAAUCAUGCGGCCGAGCAACCAGACCAAGGUUCCAAGCAUCUUUUCCUAAUCAAAAUUUUGAUGAGCAAUUGGAAGAACAAGAGGAUGAAAACGACGUUGACUAUUUCUAUGAAGAUUAUUCCCACUGCCACAACAAUCCAAUUACUACCCCCUUCAUCGGCCCCGACCAACACCAGGAUCAGGGCCAAUCUACAAAUUUUACCAUUCUAGCCCUUCUGUUGACCGCGCUUCGCAAGUCUCUCGUCACCUGCACUGUCGACGACUCUGAUGAUGCUUCCUCCUCCACCUCCUCCUUGGAUAUUGGCUGCCCCACCGACGUCCAGCAUCUUUCUCAUGUCACAUUUGAUCGUUUCAAUGGCUUCCUCGGAUUGCCUGAUGAGCUUCAACCUGACAUUCCCCGCAAGCCUCCCAGCGCAAGUGUGCACGUGUUUGGAGUAUCUGCAGAGUCAAUGCAGUGUUCAUAUGAUGAGAGAGGAAACAGUGUUCCGACUAUACUUCUAAUGAUGCAGAAGAGUUUAUAUGAAGGAGGCGGCCUUCAAGCAGAAGGGAUAUUUCGAAUAAAUGCAGAAAACGGUCAAGAGGAGGAGGUUAGGAAGCAACUUAACAGAGGGUUUAUCCCUCAUGGAAUAGAUGUUCAUUGUUUGGCUGGCUUGAUUAAGGCAUGGUUUAGAGAACUUCCUAGGGGUGUUCUUGAUUCUUUGACCCCAGACCAAGUGAUGCAAUGUAGCACGGAACAGGAGUGUACUCGGCUUGUCAAAUCCCUUCCUCAAACUGAGGCUGCACUUGUUGACUGGGCCAUUAACUUAAUGGCAGAUGUUGCCAAGUAUGAACCAGAAAACAAGAUGAAUGCCCGGAACAUUGCUAUGGUGUUUGCUCCCAACAUGACUCAGAUGGCGGAUCCUUUGACAGCAUUGAUUCAUGCAGUUCAAGUGAUGAACUUUCUGAAAACGCUUGUGAUCAAAACUCUACGUGGAAGAGAAGAAACAUAUGGUGAGUUUGAAGUGAUGUCCUCUCCUCCUGCCAACAGAAUAGGAAAUGAAAAGGAAGAAACUUUUUGGAGCUUCCCAAGAAAGAGUGGAUCAGUUGUAGGAUGCGAAUUCAUAUCUGGGGAGAGGUCGCCAAAUCAUAAAUUAGCAGUCGGUAGUAAUAAUCAUGAAUCAAAACAGGAGGGAGAGGAGGUGGUGGUGGUGGAGGGGAUAUUGGAGAGGUUAAGUUUGAGAAAAGGAGUGAGGAGAUUAUGUAGACACCCUGUGUUCCAAUUAAGUAAGUCAACUAAGAAGAAUCGGAGCACCAUUGUAGUUGGUGGCGGUGAAGCUUUGGCAUCUUCUUAAAUAUUACAGAUGGUUAUUUUAUGACGUAAUUUUCCUGUUAACAGCAUUUGUAGAUGGAAGUUUGGUUUGGUUUGGUUUGGUUAAUAACGUAGAGAGUAUAUUCUCAAGUCUUGUAAUAUGUUGGUUGUAGUAAGUAAGUGCUAACCCUACAUCGUAGCUAGUGGGAUUGUACAACACCAUGUGAUUAUAUUUUUUAAUUAGCAAUCUAUGUCAUCAAUGUAGAAGAGAGGAUUCAAUAUGCAAAGGUUUUUCAAUUA